GGCGGCCAGCGUGGUCCAGACUGAAUGCAGCCUUUAAAGUGACGGAGGGGCUGUAAUUUGAGAGGAGCACUGAGGUAUUAUUAGCCAAAAACUCAAACGCGGCCCUUGAGGCAUCCAGAUGUUGCGUUUGAGGCACCGAGUGAAGUCAGGAAUAUAGUCUUCAACUGUUGAGCACGCUGACACAGCCGGUCUCUCCUCUCUUUAUCACUAACCAGUGAUGGGAGCAGAUUAAAAAACAGAGGUUAGGUCGCUGAAAACUUGUUUGAAAAGCAGGAAGACGAUAUCGUGAAGGACCGAACAACAAAGCCACAACUAACUGCGCAGUUUGGACGUUAAAAUCCGGUUGAAAUGUUCGGGUUUCUACACCAGGCUGGAAUUAAAUAGUGUUUUGUGUGACACUCGAGUUGAGUUAAACUCUAAUCUUUCAUCUUUUUUUGUGUGAGUUUGUGGUCAAUUGAAACACCAUGGCUUUGCUUCACUUGCUCCUAAGUGCCGGGAUGUUGUCGUUGGUAUCGAGGUGUGGAAGUUAUUACAGCGGACCUUUACACCCGGAGAUGUCUAACGGCACUUUCCAUCAUUAUUUCGUGCCGGACGGAAACUACGAGGAAAAUGACGAUCCGGAGAAAUGCCAGGUGCUCUUCAAAAUGACGGACGAGCGAAAGUGCGGUGCCGACGAGGACCAGGAAGCCCUCAUAAAGGACGACUUCACUAUCAUCAAGCGACAGAUCGAGGACUCGGCUCGGGUGCUGGAGGGGAUCGGGAAGAGCAUCUCCUACGACCUGGACGGAGAGGACAGCUACGGGAAAUAUUUGCGCAGGGAGACGGCUCAGAUUAGCGAGGCAUUCACAAACUCGGAGAAGUCUCUGCUGGAACUGGAGGUGAAAUUCAAGCAGAGCCAGGAGAGUGAGCUGAGAGAGGAGCACAGGCUCAACGACGACUUUCUCAGCAUGGUAGUGCACACGCGGGACGUCCUGAAGGAGACGCUGGACAUCUCCCUGGGCCUGAAGGACAAACACGAGCUGCUGUCCCUGAUCAUCCGCAGCCACGGCACCAGACUGAGCAGACUGAAGAACGAGUACAUGAAGAUAUGAGAAAAACAAGUUCCCAUAGAAGUGUCAUAUAGCAGGCAACAGUUUACCUUUACUGGUUCAUUGUUUUCGAAUAAGUUAUUGAACGGUUCCUGGAAGCAAAGGGUGGAUUUCUCAUUACAGGGAUAGUUAUUUGAACUAAAAAAGUUUCAUUUAUUUUAUAGCUAGUUCAAGUAACUAUGAACUGACCCCUAGGUCAAUGCACUCCUCAAUCCAGUGUCCAUAGAUCAACACUAACAUCGAAUAGUUUCUCCAAAAUGUGCCAUAGCUUACGUCCCCAGAAAAAUGUAAAUUAAUCCUUUACUUUUUUAUUUACGCUGUUCAAUGACAGAUAAUUGUAACCAAAAACAUAACCUUGUUGGUGGAGGUAACUAGAAAAAGCAUGUGCAGUACAAGGACAACAGUACAAACCUCCACCUAUGUUUUUCAGUUACAGUGUCAAUACACUCCCAUAAUCCACAACGUUAAGAAUCUUGAAUCCAGAUCUGGAUCACCACCAAAAUCAAAUAACACAUUAUAUGAUAAUGUACAUCCCCCCAAUAUUUCAUUUUUGAGCUACACACAAACAAGCAAACAGACAAGUCCGGGCAAAAACAUUACUUUCUUGACAUAGGUACUAAAAAUUGCAUGGUUCUUUCCAGGAAACUUCUUAGAUCAUUUGGAAAUAAAGUUAACAUUUUAUGGCUGUAUAAUAAAGCCUUACCCCAUUUUAUUUUUUAUGUUGCUUUUAUGGUUGAGUCAAACCAUGAGGUAGAUACAAGGGUGAUUUCACUCAAAUUAUUAGAUACAAAAAAAAACCCCACUAAAUAAUAUAUAAAAACAAAUCCUGCAAACAUUAAAAUAUACCCUGUCUAAUUUUAAUCUACUGCAAUGUUCUGUCUUUGUUUUGGGAGCCUCACAAAUUCAUCAUUCAUGAUUCGAUUUAGAAUUCUGAGUCAAACCCAAGUUGACUCCAAUCCAGCAGGCCCACAGGAGUAAGACACAUAUAGUAAAUAUCCACUACUUUUUGAUGUGCAGGGCAGCCAUCUUGCAUUUUGAGGUCAGAAGUUGGCGAGGUUCUUUCCAUGUCAGAAAGACAACUUCAGGGUGGCUUUCCUGGGAACUGGGAAAUUCCUGCUUCCCAGUUCAAAUGGGACACACCAUUAAUAAAUCCUUUGCCAGCUGUUAAACAUGGUGUGGUAAUGCUGUACUUUGUGCAGCAGUCAGUUGCACAGAAAACAUCCAGUAGAGAGAAGUAAUAGAAAAAUAUUCCUAUAAAAUCAACAAAUAAUGAACACAUUUGUCCUUCAUUUAGUAAAGAAAAUGAUAUCAACAAAGAUGCUGGCUUCUACAAUAGACCAGCGAUCCAAUAGUGACCCAAUAAUCCACUAUGAACAACAUCAAGGGAGACAAAGGAAAGCUACUGGAACUGCCCUGAGAGUCUCCAGAUCUAAACAACACUGAUCUUAAACACAUUGUGCGUAUAAAAUGUCUCAGAACUUGAAGUGACCUGUGAAAAAGUACAGAGAGGCUCAUUGGCUACAAAAUGCAUUUGCAAGCCAUCUGCCGAAAAGGGAUUUACUGAGUGUUGAUUUACAGUUAAAUGCCACAUUAUGUGUUCUUAAGAAAACUUGGCAGUGCAUUAACAGUUGAAUAAAAGCUGAUGUCUAUGGGGCAACAGGGACCUGUUUCCCACCCUUUUUAAAACAAAUAAACAAAAAAAAAAACCUUCUGCCUCCAAUGCUGGUCAACUAACUAGCCUGAUACACUGAUUUCCCCCCCCCACUAUGUAAAGGUCUGGGUUUUUAGUCAUACAAGGAAGCUUUCAUGUGUAGCCCGCUUACAGUCAGAUUGGACCUCAGGGGCAACAUUAUGGUGCCCAGGGCAAGCACUAAUUUUGCCCUGGGCCCCCUCACAGUUCAUCAUUACCAUGUCUGUGGAAAAGUUUUGGUGUCAACCUGCAGUACAUUUUUGUUUGUGGUGGCCUCAGUAUUCAAUAAUUGCUUUUUAAAAAGCACUUUGUUUCUCCAGGGACAAUGUCACAGUUGUUCCGGUCAAUCUACUGGAGCUUUGUCAAAGAAACAUGGUCAUAAUCCAUUUAAAUUGUCCUGGUAUGUAAGAAAACUUUGAUUAUUUUGGGUGAAGUGACCCUUUGAAAACUCUAAAUACAGUGAGUUACCAAAUAAUCUUAUUCUGCUUUAACAGUGCUAGUAUAGGCACAUUAAUCUGACAGUUUACUUGUGACACCACCAACAAUAGGAGACUGUUGUGAUUUCUGCAGCAUGUAAUGCCAUGAUUGUUAUAUCACUACAUUAAACGUGGUUGAAAGUAAAUAAUAUACAGCGCUGAUGUUUGAAUCCAUUAGUGCACUGAUUUAAGUAUACAGUCACAGGUUUUAUGGGUGUAUAUGAGUAUGCUUGUUUAAAACGAUGGCUUCAAACUUAGAUCUGCCAAUUAAAAAAAGAAACAGCAGGACUUUCAAAACAUAACUGUAGUCUCAUGUCUGAUUACAAAUGUUUUUAAAAACUCAAAUGAGGACCAUGUCAAACGUCGCACCUAUGACAUUGAAGCAGUGGAUGGGGUGAACCUUAUGUAGCAGCUUGGUUAAAGCUCCCAACACGAGCCACUGCUCCUCUCUGACACUCCAGAUCAAUGUUUCAGAAAUCAUUAAACAAUGUUUACAGGUGGUAACCUAUACAUCUUUUGGCAUCACAGGCCUACAGAAUUUGCAUAGUUCUUCACUGCUCCGAUGCCAAAUGUUGUGUGACAUGGUUUAAAAUGCUUUAGGCCUUCACUGUGCUGUGCUGCACAGGCAGUAUAAUCUUGUAAAAUGUACAGUGUAUUAUUAAAAGUAAGUAAAUACUGUGAGUGCCAAUAUCUUUAUUACAGAACACAUUAAUGUGUAUUCAUUGUUUAUAUUAAGUUUGAUAACUGAGCAACAUAUAUCUAUUAUUGUUUACCUGUAAGAUACAGUAUGUGUGAUGGGUAAGACUGCAGGCAGCACUUGGAGACGUCAGUGUUAAACACUAAUCUGUGUGAUAGCUGUUUGUGUUUUGUCCUCUCAAAUAAAGAGUUUGUCUUUAAAGUA